AGGUAAGUUAGGUACUUAUAUCUUAGCAGGCCUUUAGACCAAUUAAUUUUGGCAGCCUGGCUUAGCAUCAGAAGUUUUCUUGCUUCCUGGGUGAUGGAUUGCAGGUAAGGUACGCUACGCUAAGCUUCGUAGGUACAUCGAUAGCUGUUGCCUCCAACAGCAGCAAGGUACCCCACCAUCGUCAUACCUUUCCUUUCCUUCUACACCUCCUACUUCCAACUUCAACAUCUACAUCUGCAUCUACAUCACGCAAACAGUCUAUCGCUCAACCCAUCAUCAUUUCAAUAUCGAGACUAUCAAGAGAAUAGCCCCGCAAGUGAAGGAGAGGCACAACAUCAUCCCCCAUCCAUAAGAAAAGCUAGGUAAUAACUACAUCGUCCGACAAUGUCCAAGCGUAUCACAAAGGAAUUCGCUGAGAUUUCUCAAAACCCGCCUGAGGGUUUCACCGUUUCCCUCCCACCUGAUGAGUCCAUCUACACCUGGCAUGUAACGCUCACGGCACCUGAGUCAUCUCCCUACUACCCAGGCAAAUUCGGAAUCGUCCUGACCCUGCCAACUGGGUACCCCUUCAAGCCGCCUGUCGUCAAGUUCGUCACUCGGAUCUAUCACCCCAACGUCACAAACGACGGCCAAGGCAACAUCUGCCUUGGCCUCCUCAAGCCCGAUGCUUGGAAACCUAGCACGCAGCUCCGCGCCGUUCUCGAGGGCCUUCGUAAUCUCCUAGAGGAGCCCCAGAUCGACAGCCCUCUUGAGGAGCGCAUUGCUCAAGAGUAUCAGAACAACCGUGCCGAGUUUAAUAAAACCGCCAAGAAACAAGUUGAGCAGUAUGCAAUGGGUUCACCUGAUUUCCCUCCAGUUGCCUAGAAUGACAGCCAUGGAAACAACGGGUGCUGCGCCGUAAUACCAGGACCUUUCGGUAUAGAUGCUACGUCUGCGCCUCCCGCUCCUGCACCUCAAUCGUAUUUCAGACCACAAAUACCAGUAACAAGGCUGAGACACGUUACACACCCUAGAAUGCUACACCCCCCAUUGCCUUUGGACCAUCAAAGUCCACAGCAGAGAGAAAAGGCAUGGGAAAUCAUGCAGGAAGUAGCACAAAGACAACUAGAAUAUGACCAACUCCGGACUGAUUUAGUGGAAGAUAUCAUCACAUCGACUUACGAGGGGGAGGGGGAGCGACAAGAGCGAGGAAGGUUCAGAAACUGGUUGCGUGGCAUCAGGAGGCGUCUUGCUAGGUGUCUUGGGAAUUUUAUAGCGAAUGCUUGAAAAGGGCGAGAUCAGCUAAAUGGAAUAGCGAACACACAUGAUGUAUCUUGAUGCCUCUCCAGGCUUUCUAUCGGUAUAUCAUUAUUGGAAAGGAAAAUCCAGAUGAACUACAGCGACGAAAGACGACUUCUCUCUCAUCACAAAGUCCUCCAGAUCAUCGUGAGCUCAUGUAUAUCAGCUAAUCUUUGCCAGUUCUUUGGCGUCGUGGCAAAAGACGUGCCAUGGUAUACGUAGAAUUUCUCAAGGGCGAGCCUGUCGGAUGAAUGGAAAUGUGAGAUCUUAGUCCCAAGUGACAGAAAUCCUAGAUCAGAUGUGUUUAGUAUGACAAACGCUCAACUUUGACACUUUAUUUUUUGCGUCCUUCUGAGAAUACUCCAGUCUCAAGGUCAGUGUCAGUGUCAGUGUCAGCAUACCUAUUCAAUCCUUCUCAGUUAUUUCAGCGCAACAUGGCUGAUUUUUGUCUCACUUUUGGCCAUGCUCACAAGACUCAUCAUGAGACAUUAUCAUUUAUCACGAGUAAAUAUCCCGAUCACCUUGUCUCAGACAGAUCGAAGCGUGUGGACAACGGUGGGACAUCAAUAGACCUCGCGCGGAGGCAAAGAGAACAGUCAUGUAAUUAUCUUUCAUUCCAUUAGGGUAUCAAAAAAGGUUUUCCCCCAAAUCUACUCCUCGACAAUAAGGUUCUACCCAGUUCAUACGUAAUUUUCCCCCCAUCUAUAUGAAAAUCAGACACCGCCUGGCUUUGCCAGUCCUUUGCAUCCUAGCCAUGCCUCCCUCCGUAAGAAGUCUUUUUCUUCCCUACAAGAGUGCUGUGAGGUUGGUGGUGCUUUUUUUGUCUUGUCGCAAUGCAGCCGUAAACCAUCGUCAUCAAGUAUAAAACAAUGUUCCUUUUUUAGGUUCCAUUCCAUCCUGUACAUUCCAGCCGUCCAACGCUGAUCCCUCCCCGCUGCUUUAAGACAUUGUGAACGAGCUCCCCCUGAUAUUGGGGUAGCUGAAAAAGAAGUAAAGGAAAUUUUGAAAGGAAGGUUGAGUAUGAAAGUGAAUAAAGAAAAAAACGAAGACAUAAUGCCGGCUAAAUCGAGAAAUAGACCAUGCCUUCCAUUGAAACGCCAUUCCAUGAUAAGGUUCGGUGGCUCGCACCUGUUUCAGUGCGAGCCAGGGUGUACCGAAAUGAGAAAGAAGAUGAGGUAGUAAAAGGAGAUAUUGAAGGAGUGUUGAAGGGUUGAGGUGAUGUGAUAAUGUUGACGCGGCUCAGACGUUUAAUUUCCUGGUGUUUCGGGUCGGGGUAGACAGUGGUGGCUGUUCUCCGACUCCGACUAUCCCACGUUCCACGUCUUGCCCUGACGGACUCGAUCCAGCUGCGCCUUAGCUCGUCGUUGCUGACGCUUUUCGUCAAUCUGGACCUGGCUGAGGUGCCCGAAGCCAUUCCGUCGUUUGAAGCAAGCCUCCAUAAGGGCGUUAGCGUCGAUCAGCCGGCGAGGCAUUGAUUGCACGACACCAAACAUUUCCAUAGGAUCGGCUACAGCCCGAAUCUCGCUCUCACCCAGCUUGAAGAUGGCUAGUGCAAUGCGGAACAGAGUCUUGGAACCCUCGUAGAAGAAGACAUCCCACACGCGGAGAGUAGUCUCAAUCGGGAGCGUUCCAAUGAAGCAACUCAUAAACCAAGCCGUCAUGCAAAGAGUGAUUGGUGGAAGUCGGUCAGUUGGUGUUGACAUGCGUGCGAGUUCCUUGCGACGCGAACGAGUGAGGCGAAUGGAUUUGCUUGUCGAGGGUCGUGAGUUGGGAUCAGCCUCAAGCUCGCCACCGACCUUAUCCCAGACGGCAGGCAUGGAGGUACGCAUCUCAGUCAUGAGAACGCCCAGAUCAAUCUUGGAGCCCUCGAGACUCAUCUCAUGGGUACCGGGGAGGUAGAUGCGUGUAAUGACAUUGAGAAGCCAAAAGCACUGCUCCUCAGUGUCAACAAACAGAAGGAGAAGACCAGCAAGGAAAUUCAAGCUCUGGCAGUAUCCGAUCCGAGGGUUGUAGACAGCAAAGGCAUGGAGCACGCGGCGAAGAGAAGUGAUGAUUGGUGUCUCUCCGUCCACAUUGGGAGGCGAUGGGCUAGAGCCCCGAGUAGAGUCCGACAUUGUUGAUUGGCUUUCUCUAGCGCUGCUCGAUGCCGUGUCCAUCCCGCCGGGGGGCUUGAACUUAAUGUUGUCAGGGAAUGUCCGAUGCAAAUCUCGCUCGAUAGCUUCAGCAUCAACGUCCUUAGCUCGCUUAGUUGUUAGCUUAUCGUAGAGACCCGAGUGCUUUGCCAGAAUGGCGGGACCACCAGCGUAGUAGAACCAAGCUGCACCGCGCCAUUCCGGAGGAAUGCCCUUGCGAACAAAGCGUUUUGUCUUUGCGUUGGGAGCAGGGAAUCGGUUGGGGUGAUCUGUCAUGAGAGCAUUAUCCUUGAGGUAGGCAUUCCACUUCUUCCGACGGCGUGCCAGGUACUCGGUGUAUCCAGCAUUCCAGGUAUCAUAUUGCUGCCGCGUCACGUACUGGUUCUCCUUCUUGAAGCCGUAUCGGUCACGAGCGCCAGGGUCCUCGGGCUCGACAGGUUCAGGUGCAACAACAGGUGGUGGAGGGGCGUAUACUGGCUCAGGUACAGGCUGAGGCUCAGGAAUGGGUGCGGGUGCUGCUGUCGGUGUUGGUUCAGGUGCGGGCUCCGAAGCGUAGCCCAUAUUGCGUCCAGAUUCAGGGGUUUCGGGUCGCUCGGAAGGCUCACCAACGGGUGAGAGGGGCGCGGAGACAGGUGGUGCGCUUGUGGGAGUUGAUUCGACAGCGGAAGAAGGUUGUUCAUUGAGAGAAGGCUCAGAGUCCAAAGACUUGGCCGAAUCUCGCUUUUCGUUCAUUCCGCGACCGUAGUUUUCGGCGAUAUGAGGAACUGAUGAUGUGAAGGCUGGAUGGGUGAAGAUCAUCUUGGACAUCCGAAUCUCCAUGUCAAGGGUCGAGUUGGACUCUUGAACCUUGCGUUGAGGAAAAUCCUCGUCAUCUGCAUCGUCUCUGAUGCUGUGUCGCUGAUCCAUGUUUGAGGUUGAUGUCACGGGGCGAGAAUUUCUGUUGUGAUGAUCAGGGUAGUGCACGUCGUCUUCGUCGUCGUCGAAACCUUGCUCGUACAUGCCCAUAACAUCCUCAAGGCUCGGUUCGUCGUGUUCGGGGUCGUUGUCGUUUUCAGGGUUGACUUCUUGCUCCCCUUCGCCUUCAGGGCUCGGAUAUAAUGAUGUAACGGAGCUGUCCUUUGUAAGGACGCUACUUCUCUCAGUUACUGCAGUUCCUGGAGCAGUAGAUUCUGUGAAUUGAGAGCGAAAGCUCGAUCUAAAUUCUUCACCACUCAUCCACGGGGCGACGACAGGGCUCGGUGAGGCCGACCCUGGGUUGGAGUAGCUUAAUGGUGGCCGUGCGGCGGAAGCUGUCGCACCAUUGGCCGUCCGAGCACGGGGCGCUCGAGGCUCAUAAAAGUCGUUGGAAGGUGGAGAUAGGACCGAGUGGUAGGUAGAUGAAGACUGACAAGAUGAAACUGAAGGACCGCGGGGACGUGGAGGAGGAGGCCAUAAGGGAUGUUGCGAAGGUGAUACAAGCUCCAGGUACUGGUCGGCGGGAUUGAGGCCGGGGGUAGAGGGCGAUGUAGCGGUCGCAGUCGCGGUAGCGGUAGCGGUAGCCAGGGUACUGUGGACUGGUCGUAGCUUAGGCGCGUCUGUCAUUGGCUGGCGGAUACUUUGCUUCCGCGGCCGCGAGAAGUUCUCCACGGUGGGUGGCAGGCUGUCGUAGGCGCGCAGGUCAGCCAGUGACGAUUUGGAUGUCAGAAAUGUCGGAGACGUGUUUCGAGAUUCGACGGGAGUGCUUGCCGCAGUAUCGUAGCUUAAAGGUGAGGGCGAGUGCGGAGAGUCAAAUGGUGAUCCUGCUCGUUGUGAUAUUGACUGUCCAAGAAUAAAUCUUGAAGGGUUUGACAUUGAAUCCCAUCUUGGUGAAACUGGCAAAGGAGGUAAAUGUGACAGAGACUCAUCAGAGGGUUGGCGAGUAUGUCGGUAGGCUGAUCCAAACGGCACUAUCUGAACCCGAGGAGAUGCUAACGGAGACAUUGAUGGUGAAGUCAUAGGCGAGGCAUAAGGUGAUGCAUCACUUGUCGAGGUACCUGGUGCAAGGCUACUGUUCUCACUAUCCCGUUGUCGAUUACCAUAAAAGGCAAACUUGCCUCGGGUUGCAUGUGGUGAACCCGGAGCGUCGGGUACAGAAAUAGCGAGGGGAGUCAUGGUGUGAUGCACUUGGCAGUCGUGGAAUCAGAUGCUGCUGCUGGGCGCCAGAGGCUGGCAAAAACUAUGGUCGCCCAGCGGGCAGGUAUAAAUUUGCUUACAAAACGAAGUUUCGCUUUGUGUGCAAGGGUAUCGAAUUUUUGGUCGUGUUCGUCGUUUCGUCGGUGAUGCAGUUGGUAGCGUUCAGUUAGUCACUGUACUGCGUCCUCCGGCAAGGUGCGCCGACCGUAGCAGCGCAGAUAUCUGAAAAUGAAGAGAUCGUAUUUGAUAAAAUGUAGCAAUAGCUCUUGGCCAUUGCUGUCGGUUCUAGAACAAGGUAUUCGAUCCGUAACUGGAAUUUGGCAAAGGCUGGGCCAGAAGCAAAAAAAGCGGUUGCUUUGGUGGUGAAGGUUUCGGCGGUUCGUGAGCGAGGGUCGAGUGUCGUUCCAGAGUUUCGAAACAAGCCGCACAAAAAAUGAUGGCAAGAACCUCAGUCACAAGCACAGCUAUCUAACCAAGAAGUCGAUCGGUGUUGAAGAACGAAUGCGAGAAAGAGUUGGUCUUUGGAGAAAAGGCGGAUUCGGUGUGGGCUGGUCAAAGGUAUGAUUCCUGUGGAAAAUGAUGGGUGUCGAGAGAUGGACCCCACGGUUAGGUUAAAAGAAAGGACGCCGAAUUUCGCCUUGACACAGACAAAACAACCCAGCCGGCAUCCAGUUCCAGCUUCGAAAGUGAUGAGAAGAACAAAUGAAUGGCUUCAGCCUGUGCUCAGGUCCAGGUCCAAGAGUACAUUAAGAACGAAAAACUCGCAAAUACGCAAAGAAAGCACAGCCAGCACCCUGCACGGAGCGUUAACUUUCUGUACAGGGACGGGGAAGCCGGAUUGGAUUGGCAGGGCGGGUAGGUUGAAUUUCAACGACAAGGAUAUUCCGCAGCCCCAGCCCAGGCCCAAAAACCAGCCGACAGGGGGGGUUAUUCGUCGCUAACAGCACCAGCAGGGGAGCUUGGGCGCCGCUGUUAUGAGAAGUCCGGCUCUAAAGGGAGACGAGAUGUACCCAAACGAGUGAUUGAACCGAGAAUCGGAGGUUGAAUCGAUUUGCAAACUUGGAAGUCGAGAAGCUAGAGGGAGGAAGCUCGGUCGUGCAUUUAUUUUGUUGUUGUUUGUCUGAAUGGGGGAGUAUAUCAGACAAAAGUCUUGGGCGGAGUGAACAGCCCGGACGGAGAGAAAUCCAGGGAACAGAGAAAUGAGACAAGGGAGAGCGACUGGACUCACUCAGAAGAGCCACAAAGUCGCAGUUAUUGCAGUAGCAGGUGGCGCGGGGAAUGGAAGAAACGAGACGAGACCCAAGCAAGAAGCACAUCAAAAGUAAAAAUUCAAUGGUGGUUCUAUCCACCAUCUACCACCCAACAAGGCAGCCCAGCCCAGGCAGAGGGAGCAAAGGGGCUCGAGGUUGACAAAAAAGAUCGAACGAGGCCCUCCAAGCUAAAAUUCCAUGUGAUUUGUACGACUGUGACCGUUGGGUUUGUAUGGUCUGCGGCGCAUGCCUCGUGGCUUUCACUUUCACUGUCACCCUGCCCUGCGGCGUCUUUUCCGUUUGGUCCAUCCUGUUUGUCACCCUCCUUCUUCCUCGACUCUAUCCCACAUCUAUGACCAAGACGAAAAUGAGUCGACCAAGAGGUCACAGACAACACCAUUGGCCGAAUGGUGCCCCCGGGGAAGCAACUCUGGUUCUUUUGCUGGGUCCUUUCAGCUGGGAAGGUCUCUUUUUCGCACGCUAAAUUUGCUGGUGAGAGGGGGGCCAAUAUCGAGUCAGUUGACCUAAACAGGCCUGGAUGGCGGGGGGUCUGGGUCUGGGAAUGAGAGCAAGGGUGAUUUCAUGGAACCAGGUUUGGGAGAAUAGAGAAACAAACAGUCAGUCGAGAUCGAAUUGGUUGGUUCAAUGGCGUAAUCAUGGAGGAAUAUGCUUAUUGGUGUUGUGAUACUGAGAGGCUUGUGAGAAACAGGGGUUCUAACGGCUCAUGUCAUAUGCGAAAACGGUGCCU